AUGUGUAACGAAAUAGAGUUUGUACAUGAAAAACAUAUAAAGUAUUUGAAUAGUUAUACAACUGCAUCAAAUGCAGAAGAGCUAAUAUUUAACGAAACUCUUAAAAUGUGUGGAGUUUUUUAUUUCAUUUGUUCAUGUAAAAUAUUGUCUCAUAAGAUAGAUAAAAAAGAAGAGUUUAUUGAAUUUAUUCUAAGAUGUCAAAAUUUAGAUGGUGGUUUCGGUAAUAAUAUAAAACAUGAUUCUCAUAUUGUGUCAACACAUUAUGCUAUAUUAUCUCUUCUUUUAUUAAAUUAUUCUUUUGAUAACUUUAAUAUAUAUUUAGAAAAUGAAAAAAACAUAUUAAGCAAUGAUAGCUCUAAUAUUAAUAAUUGUAAUGAUUAUUUUAAAAAUAAAAAAACUAUAAGAGAAAAAACAUGUGACUAUAUUAUGACUUUAAGCAAUGACGAUGGCUCAUUUAAAGGAGAUAUAUGGGGAGAAGUUGAUACUCGUUUUGUUUACAGUGCAGUUAGUUGCUUAUCUAUCUUAAAUAAAUUAAAUCUAAUUUCCACAGAAAAAAUAUCAUCAUACUUACUUAGUAAUUAUGAUUUAAAUCAAAAUGGUUUUUCAUGGAUAAGUGGUAAUGAACCUCAUGCAGCUAGUGUGUUUUGUUGUAUAGCUACGUUGUUUUUAAUUCAAAAAUUAUACUUGAUUGAUGAAAAAAAACUAGCAGACUGGUUAAGCUUGAGGCAAACAAGCAAUGGUGGUUUUAAUGGAAGAGCUGAAAAAUUAACUGAUACUUGCUAUUCAUGGUGGAUUUUUUCAUCUUUAAUUAUUUUAAAAAAAUAUAAAUGGAUUAAUAAAAAUGCAUUAAAAAAUUAUAUUCUUCUUUGUCAAGAUUUAGAUAAUGGUGGCAUAAGUGACAACCCUGAUUGUCUUCCCGACAUAUGUCAUACUUUUUUUGGUUUGGCUGCACUUAGUCUAAUAGACAACCUAAAUAAAUUAGAAAAAAAAUUAUCUUUAAAAGAAAUGCAUCCAGUUUAUGCAAUUCCUCUUAACAUUGUAAAAAAAAGAAAUCUACUCUAUCAUGAUAUAGAUAUACUCUAA